AAGUAAAGUUGACAGCACAAAAAAAAAGGAAGCUAGACACAGCGAAUUGGAGUUUGGCAGAUAAAUCCAGAGAACUAGACAAACAACUUUAGUGUGGAUUGUUUCCGGGAUUAAAGAGAGUAGACCUUCUCUAACAUCUGUUUGUGUUGGCCGUCACAUAUAUACAGACUUACUUUCACUCCAAACAACCCCAAACGUUUCUCCUGUCUUUGGAGUGUUCUUUUUGCACUCGUUCUUUCAUCACAGCAUUCAGUUGUUCCAGCUGCAGCCAGUGUGAGGUGUCUAUGUCCACCGAUCUGAGCUGGGUUACUGAGAGACUGUUUUGACAGUUGCAGUCGGAGUGUGACGCGCUGCUGUGGAAUGUUCUUCAAAUGACAGAGGAGGAACCAGAGAGUUAGAUCCAUGUGUGUGCAUGUGAGAGAGACUCAGGUCUGGGUAAUAAGGCAGUGAGGAGAGCAGAGUGGUGGUUACCUUCCAGAGAAGUUCACGCCCCCGAGAGCUGUUUGGUUUUGUAGUGGCGCUCUGUCAGAGGAGGAGUGGAAGAGAGAGAGGAGGAGGGGAGAAUGUGUAGUGGAGGAGCCUUCUCAGUUACUGAGAGCAGCACACGCUGUCGGCAACAGAAUGAGCGUGUCCGCGCUCUCUCCCGCUAGCAGCACUCUCUAAGAGACCAUUCGCCCCCCUCCCAUCUCUUACGGUCCCUGCCAGACGUCAAGAGCAGACACAGGGCUCUUGUCUCUCUCUCUUUCUCUCUCUCUCUCUCUCGCUCUCUCUCUCUUGUGGGAGAAAGCCACGAGAGACAACUCCUCCACUUUUUUCCCCUCCUUAUUUCUCUCCGAGACUUGCAGUCUAAGGGACUAUGCCGGUAGUUGGCGUUGCAUCGAAACUCCGGCAGCCAGCUGUGGGGUCCAAACCCAUCCACACUGCACUGCCCAUCCCCAACCCUGGGAGAAGCAGCAUGGCACAUGGACUGACACCCAGGAGCUCGGAGCUCAGAGUCACGGAACCUUCUAUGCUCUCCUGUCAGCUGUCAUUCAAGACGGAGAUCCAUGAUAGGAGGUCAAGCUUGGUCCCGGCUCCAGCCACAACUUUGGCACGUAGCAGCAGAGAGGCAGAGGAGAGCAAGAUCUGCAAGAUCUACACUGAUUGGGCAAACCAUUAUUUGGCCAAGUCCGGCUGUCCGAGGCUUAUUAAGGACCUGACUCAGGACAUACCCGAUGGAGUUCUGCUGGCAGAAAUCAUCCAGAUAAUAGCUAAUGAGAAGGUAGAAGAUAUCAACAGCUGCCCCAAGAGUCACUCUCAAAUGAUUGAGAAUGUGGAGACUUGUCUGAAUUUCUUAGGGGCCAGAGGAGUCAGUGUUCAAGGGCUCUCUGCUGAAGAGGUGUGUAAUGGGAAUCUGAAGAGCAUCCUGGGUCUGUUCUUCAUCCUGUCCCGCUACAAGCAGCAACAGCAGCACCAGCAGCAGUACCUGCAGUCGUUAGUGGAGCUUCAGCAACACGUCACACAUCAGACCACAGGGGCGGCGCCAGCGAGCCAACACAAAACACAAGACAUGCAGUCCAGUCUCACCGCACGAUAUACAAGUCCACCAGGUCACAGUGGAAUAGCAGCCCCUCAGAAGAAAAACACAAGGUUACCAGGUCCCUCCAGAGUCCCCGCUGCAGGCAGCGGCAGUAGCAGUAGUAAAGCCCACGGAUCCUCAAACCUGAACAGACGGAGCCAGAGCUUCAACAGUAUUGACAAGAGCAAACCACUUCAGUAUGCUAGCGGCAACGACAGAGAGUCGGUGAAGGGCAUUCCUCUGCCAGGCAGCAUGAACGGCAGUGGCUCGGUGCCUUCCAGCACCAGCGGGCAGCAGCUGGCCUCUGCCAUCCCCUCUCCCACUGCUGGAAAGACCUGGCGCAGCAAGUCCAUGAACAUGAAGCACAGUGCCACAUCGUCUAUGCUGGCCACCAAGCCACCCAGCCCAACCGCUUCCCCAACCCCUCCCUCAUCUUCCGAUCGCCUCCGUCCCCCAAUCACAGACUCCUCCAAAUCAGCCCCCGGCAACCAGCGCUCCAUGUUGGAGAAAUUCCGGCUCAUCAACCCUCGAUCCGCAUCCAGAACCUCACCCUCAGUGGCCGAAAUGGCUCUCCAGGAGGAGGACGAUUUGUCAGAGUUUGGAGAUGAGGGGACCUGCAGUCCCACACCACCCUGCGGGAUCUCAAAACAGCAGGGGAAGACCCCCGUGUCCUCUUUUGCACCCCCAAACAAGACCAACAACUGCAAGAACCACAACAAUAAGUCCUUGCCACAACCCAAAGACAAAGAGGACAAGAACAAGACCAAGAGCAAAGCAAGCACACCACCCAAAGAGGAGCCAGUGAUAGUGGAGCCCUCUAAGAAAGGCUCCAAGAUUGCCAGCCUCAUCCCCAAAGGAAACAAAACGUCCACAGCCUCUGUGAAGAAAGAAAGUGCAAUCCCCGCCUCCAGCGGCAUCCCCAAGCCUGGUCUGAAGGCUCCGACAGCAACCACCAAGCCUGCAGCUAGCCAACCCAGUGUACCUGCAACUAGUGUACCUGCUACAGGUGGUGAGAAAACCAAACUUAGUAAAGGUGGUCAGUCUAUAUAUAUGCAGAGAUCUUUGGGAGGAUUGGAGAAUCGGAAGACCAGCAUGGUGUCAUCAACAAGUACCUCAGCGCUUUCUGGAUCCGCCACAUCUGGGCUGGGUGGUGGAGGAGCUCUAGGAGGUAAUGGUGCAGUACAACUUCCCCAGCAGCAACAACACAACCAUCCCAACACGGCAACCGUCGCCCCCUUCAUGUAUCGGACGUAUUCAGAGAAUGACUGCACUACUGUGGUCCCCACUGAACCGUGUCUCAGUCCCACAAAAGACCUGGUCUACAGCAAGACCGCCAAACAGUGCCUGGAGGAGAUCUCAGGGGAGGAUCCAGAAACUAGACGGAUGCGUACGGUGAAGAACAUCGCUGACCUGAGACAGAAUCUUGAAGAAACCAUGUCUAGUUUACGCGGGACGCAGAUUAGCCACAGUACCCUUGAGACAACAUUCGACACCACUGUAACUACAGAAGUGAACGGUCGUGGCCUCCCCGCCCUCUCAAGCCGCUCCUCCCCAAUGUCUUGGCGUCUCGGCCAAGCGUCGAGCCCCCGUCUUCAGGCCGGCGACGCUCCUAGCUACGCUCCGCCCAGAUCCAGUGCCAGCACCACUGCUCGCUAUGGUGACCCCUCGAGGUUGUUAUACACUGCCCCCCUGAGGAGAGCGGCCGCCUCAGGGGCUCGAGGGUCAGAGCCGGGAGAGAAGGGUGGGGUUUCGGAGGCGGGGCCAGAGGUGGAUGUGACUGGAUACGGGAGCGAUGGUGACAUACUCGCCAAGAAUGUACACGCAGAUGAUAUCAGUGGGUACCACACAGACGGAGGUCUUUACUCUCGGAAUGUCGACCUCUACUCUCGAAAUGUUGGACACCCACCUGAGAUGCCACCUGCUCGAGAGGUCGUUCAGAAAGGGGUCAAAGAGAUGCAAGGGGAAGACAGCUGGGAUGACAGUAGUUCAGUCAGCAGUGGUUUGAGUGAUACUUUAGAUAACAUCGGCACUGAUGAUCUGAAUCCACCCACCUAUUCUGGCAUCUCAUCUCGCAAGAGCAAAGCAGCACAGUCAAAUAAAGAUACGCACAGACAUACCGAGCAGGAUGCUAGCAGCUGGGCUGGUGCUGAGGAUCUGAAGAAGGUUGAUGAAGAGAUGGAGCCAGGGAUGGACAAGUGGAAGACUUCAUCCCCUUCCUCUUCAUGUCAGGGUGAGGAUGUUGGCCAGAAGACAGGUUUGUCCAUCUCUCAAACAGGCUCCUGGAGGAGGGGCAUGAGUGCCCAGGUUGGCAUCACGCCACCACGGACCAAAGGCACGUCCACCUCUCUCAAAACACCAGGUAAAACAGAUGAUGCCAAAGCAUCUGAGAAAGGCAAGGCCCCAUCUAAGAGUCCAAGUAUUCAGCGCUCACCAUCAGAUGCGGGCAAGAGUAGCGGAGAUGAAGGGAAGAAGCCACCCUCAGGCAUCGGUCGGCCGCCUACCACAAGCUCCUUUGGCUUUAAGAAGAUUCCAGGUCCCGCUGGAGCCCUCAUCACAGCCAGCGGAGCCACUCUGACCAGUGGUUCUGCUACUCUAGGCAAGGUACCCAAGUCUGCAGGCAUCGGAAAGGGCACAGGAAUCGGCAAUGGGCGGAAGACGAGUCUUGAUGGUGCUCAACACCAAGACGACGCUGUUUUGUUAGGUUGUGGAGGCUCAAAGGUUCCACUCCAGUAUCGCUCCCUACCUAGACCAGCAAAGUCAUCUAGUGGGGGAAGCAGCGUGGUGGGCCGCAGCGGGCAUCGUUCUAGCUCUAGCAGCAUUGAUUCAAAUGUCAGUGGAAAGUCUGCGGGAGGUAGUGGAGGGGUGGUAGGAACCCCAACCAGCACAAAGAGAAGAGACCCCGGGAAAGUAAGCUCAGGACGCUCAAGUCCCAUCACCAUCAACCAGACGGAUAAAGAGAAAGUGGCAGGGUCAGAUCAGGACGGAACAGGGUUGUCUACCUCCCCCAAAUCCAGUCCCACGUCCACCCAAUCUGGACUCAGACAGCCAGGCUCCAAAUACCCAGACAUUGCAUCCCCCACAUUCCGCAGGUUGUUUGGCAGUAAGGCCAGCAGUAAACCCAGUUCCCCUGGCACCCCUGACUCUGGUAAAUGCCCAUCAGCACUGGGCAGCCCCCAUGGCACACUGGCGCGGCAGGCCAGCCUGGAUUCACCCUCCUCAGGAACAGGUAGCCUGGGCAGCAUGGGUGGGCAGAGCGGAGGCAGCAGCCCGCUAUACGGCAAAACGCCCGACCUGUGUACUGACUCCCCGGCAUCUAGUCCGGCGUCAGGCCUCUCUCUGCCCUCUAACGCCCGGCCUUGGCCACCAAACCUCAGCAGUUCAUCUGCGGGCAGUAAAGACACACUGAGCUGCCACAGUAUGACCAGUUUACACACAAGCUCAGAGUCCAUAGACCUGCCGCUCCCACACCACCAUGGGCAAAAAGUCACCCGCACGGGCAGCGUCAAGUCCACCCUCUCUGAGGGCAUGCCUCUUGACAGAAACACUCUCCCCAAAAAGGGAUUAAGGUACCCUCCGUCCUCCAGACAGACGUCACAUGAGGAAGGAAAGGAAUGGUUGCGUUCUCACUCCACUGGAGGACUGCAGGACACAGGAAGUCCACUUUCACCACCGGGCACAACCAGCACCAACACUGGCAAAUACCACUACUCAAACCUGCUGAGCCCCACCAGUAUGUCACAGUAUAAUCUUCCCAGUACCAGCAUGAGCCGCUCCAACAGUAUUCCAGCACAGGACUCGUUCGAGUUGUACGGGGAGGGACACACUUUGGGGGGCAGUGCCACCUCACUGGAGGAACGGCCACGUGGGAUGAGCCGGUCCGGCUCCUUUCGGGACAGCACAGAUGAAGUUCAUGGUUCUUCUCUAUCUUUGGUCUCAAGCACAUCAUCUUUGUAUUCUGCGGUGCUGGCAUUUUUAGACAAGACGGAGGAGAAGGCUCACUCAGAGGGCCAAACAGUCCAAAAUACGACGCAAAUCAGAAAACUGCGGAGAGAGCUGGACGCUUCUCAGGAGAAAGUGGCGACCCUGACAUCUCAACUGGCAGCCAACGCACACCUGGUGGCGGCAUUUGAGAAAAGUCUGACGAACAUGACCUGUCGACUGCAGAGUCUAACCAUGACAGCAGAGCAAAAGGAAUCUGAGCUUGCAGAGUUAAGAGAGACCAUCGAGGCAUUGAAAGCUCAGAACACAGAUGCUCAGACGGCCAUUCAAGUGGCCCUCAACGGCCCCGAUCACAUUCAUAAAGACCUGAGGAUCCGUCGACAGCACUCGUCAGAAAGUAUGUCCAGUAUUAACAGUGCAGCCAGUCACUCCAGUAUGGGUAGCGCUAAAGAUGCAGAUGACAAGAAGAAAAAGAAGAAAAGCUGGGGCAAGGAUAGAGGACAAAAGGUGGCUGAUUCCAUCCCCGCCCAGUUGCGGAGCUCCUUUAAGCAGGCCUUCAGCAAGAAAAAGACCAACAAGCCCCAAUCAUCUCACGAUGAGAUUGAAGAGAUGACUGAUUCCUCCCUUCCUUCUUCACCCAAACUACAGCACGCCAACAGACAGACCAGCACCACCCAACCACUGCGCUCAUCACCCUCCACCACUGAACUGUGUGAAUGUACAGAGGCUGAGGCAGAGAUUAUCCUCCAGCUGAAGAACGAGCUGAGAGAGAAGGAGCUGAAGCUGACUGAUAUCAGACUGGAGGCGUUAAGCUCCGCCCACCACCUUGACCAGAUACGAGAAGCCAUGAACCGCAUGCAGAAUGAGAUUGAGCUGCUGAAGGCCGAGAACGACAGACUGAAGUCUAGCGGCAACACCACACCUGCUGCCACACCUGCUAAAGCAGCCCGUCCCCCUUCAGAAACCUCCAGCACAUCCUCCUCAUCCUCACGGCAAUCUCUGGGGCUGUCGCUGAACAACCUCAACAUCACAGACACCAUUAUGUCAGAUAUUCUGCUGGAUGAUGGCUACGAGGGCAAUCUACGCAAAGAGGGCAGGAGUGUCCGUAUAGUGGUCACAAUCAACAGCGACUCCAACAAAACCAAGGCUAUGCAGAAGAAGGAGUAUCUGAUUGGCUCCAUUGGCGUCAGCGGCAAGACUAAGUGGGAUGUUUUGGACGGUGUAAUACGACGCUUGUUUAAGGAGUAUGUGUUCCGCUUGGAUCCGUUGACCAGUUUGGGCCUGAAUUCGGAUAGUAUAGUGUGCUACAGGAUGGGGGAUGUGGUCCGAUCUCAUGCCUCUGAGGUUCCUGAACUCUUGCCGUGUGGAUAUCUGGUGGGCGACAACAACGUCAUCACAGUCAGUCUCAAAGGUGUGAAGGAGGGUAGCAUUGAUGACCUGGUGUUUGACACACUGAUUCCUAAACCCAUCAUUCAACGCUACUUAAACCUGCUGAUGGAGCACCGUAGAAUUAUCCUGUCUGGUCCCAGUGGAACCGGUAAAUCCUACCUAGCCACUAAACUAGCUUACUUCAUCAUCUCCAAGACUGGUCAAGAGGUGACCGACACUAACCUGGCUAGCUUCAAUGUGGACCAGAAAUCCAGCAAGGAUCUUCGGCAGUACCUUUCAAGUCUGGCCGAGCAGUGCAACACAGAGGAGUGUGAGAUCGAGCUGCCCUCCGUUGUUAUUCUGGAUAACCUCCAUCAUAUUGGCUCCCUAAGUGACAUCUUUAAUGGAUUCCUCAACUGCAAAUAUCACAAAUGCCCGUAUGUCAUAGGAACUAUGAACCAGGGUGUGUCCUCCUCUCCAAACCUGGAGCUGCAUCACAACUUCAGGUGGGUGCUGUGUGCCAAUCACACUGAGCCAGUGAAGGGCUUCCUGGGCCGAUUCCUGAGAAGAAAGCUGAUUGAAACUGAGAUUGAUAAAAACAUGCGCAGUAACGACCUCAUCAAAAUCAUUGACUGGAUUCCUAAAACCUGGCAACACCUGAAUUCCUUCUUAGAGGCUCACAGCUCCUCAGACGUCACUAUCGGUCCUCGGCUGUUUCUGUCCUGUCCGAUGGACGCGGACGGCUCACGUGUGUGGUUUACUGACCUGUGGAACUAUUCUCUGGUGCCAUAUCUACUGGAAGCAGUACGAGAAGGACUGCAGCUGUAUGGUAAGAGGGCGGCAUGGGAGGACCCGUCCAAAUGGGUGAUUGAUACCUACCCCUGGAGCUCCGCCUCCCUGCAGCAUGAAGGCCAGUCACUGCUGCAGCUGCGGCCGGAGGACGUGGGCUAUGAUGGCUACAGCUCCUCUAAAGACGGAGCCGCCUCCAAACAAGUAUCUCAGAGCGACACAGAGGGAGAUCCACUGAUGAAUAUGCUAAUGAGGCUACAGGAAGCUGCUAACUACUCCAGCGCCCAAAGCUGUGACAGCGACAGCGCCAGUCACCACGACGACCUGCUGGACUCCUCAUUGGAGUCUGCCCUCUAGGCCUGCCCCAUUAGAAGAAGAAGUCUUCUGAUCGGUUUAAAAACAGAGCAAAGGGCCCACAGGACUUGUGCUUAUGAAACAGCCUGGCGCCUCCGGUGGUAAAAGGAUGCAGAGUCCAGGAUACGGAGAAUGAAAAGGUGCUGGUGGCACACACGACACUGGCGAAAAGUGUGUGUGCCCACAUAAUUUAUAAAACCAACUGGAAUUUGAAUUUGUUGGAGGUGAUCUGUUAGUUACACAUGUUUACAGAGGCAAGUGUUUAUUUUAAAUUCACUGAGGUGCAAAAAACUAAAGGGCAACAUUCUGAAUUCUGACCUCAGUCGAUAAACUGGUGCUGCCGUGGUGCCAAAACCAACACGUGGUUUACACUCAUCUCGCCAGCACCAUUCAUGAAACGCCUCUAGCCAACAAGCACAAACGUGCAACGUGUCAUUACCGCUACUGUGAAAUCAUACGCAAAUUCGCAAAUCUCCACCACUCCUUUCACUGCCAAGCGUAUAGUGACCUACAGCACCCCUGCACCACACCGUUCCAUGCAGUAGUCUUUCGUUUGUCCCCAUGGCCGUUUGCGUAGUUCUUUCUCCUCUCCGCAGGUACGAAGCAACCGUUUGUAGGAGAGUGUACCAGCUUUGUGAAAAAGACCAGAAAAUGGUGCUUUCUUGCUGCCUUAAAUGUGCUGAGCUCCGAAGACAUUUAAAUGUGGUGCAACUGUCCUUCUCCUCAGAAAUGAUGGCGUUGGACAGAACCGAUCAAACAUUUUCCUAAAGAUGCCACGUCCACAUAUUUUAUUUUUGUUACAAUUAGUGUAAAACACGGCAUUAUAAAGGUCCAAAUGUAUAAAAGUAAAAAAGAUCUUUAUGUAAUCCCAGUUGAGCUGGGAUCACUUGAAUUGAGAGCACAAAUCCGACGCGUCGCUUCGCUAGCAUGCCGUUUUUACUUUGCUAUAUGUGUGUACUUGCACGCGGAAACAUUUUUCAGUCCCGUGCGCCAGUGUUCGUGUAGUCGAAGUUCAUUCAUCCUUUCUUUUGUUUGCUACAUGGGUUUUGCACAGUUGAAAAGGUGAUUGUAAAUAUCCAAGUCUUGCACAGCCUCUUAAAGAUGCACUCUGCCCGGUCGGUAUUGCGUUUCUGCUCUUCUAGUCUAGCAUUACGCUCUUGUGAUUUACAGAGAAAAAGAAAAAAAGCAAACCAGCAACCUGUCCAAACCGUAUAUGUCUUGUAAUGACUGGUUAUUAUACAGAGCUCUAAACUGUACAGUGAGAGGUGAAGUGUUUUUCAAUUUCAGAAAACUUUAGUGUCAGUUUACUGUUCAAGGGCGUAAAAUCAUUCAAAGCGAUUCACUGUUUUAUCUUCGCAAUGCAUCAGAGCCCAACCAUAUCUAACUCGCAUAACACUGUUACACUUCCUGUCCUGCAGCUUUCAGAGACACUGGUCCCUUUGGACGUAAACCUCACUUAAAGACCCCAUGAAUGUUUUAUUGUAGAACCCGACUGCCGAAAAUAGCCAUUCUAAAGAGCAUCUGAUUGGACAAAAAUGUGUAUGCAUCCUUAAAUGUGGGAUAAUGUUUAUGAAAGAUAAAUACUGUACAUUUUAAAUGUGUAUAUCUGCUUAAAGUAUUUUUUAUCAACUUUUAAGAGUACAAGAGCAUAUAAAUGACCUCAAAACUAAUAGGCAGACAAAAAGCCACAAAACUCUUCAUUUUAAAUUCAUGGGAUUUUAUUUGAUCAUUGCACUAGAUAACCAAAUCAAAUCAAGUGGCAUAUAUUUUCCAUACAAAUAUUUCACAAAGUUUGUUAACGUUUUUGAAUAAUGAACCAUUACAGUGUUCAAAAUGAACACAAGAAUUAUUGGAGGACACUUUCUGAUCGUCAAACGUAAACCUGUGGUUACUUUGCUCAACUACUAAAUUAACAGGAGACAAAGUUGAAGGUUUAACAUCAUUGGUUAUGAAGAUGCGACUUGGUUUGGUGUUUUGCAAUCUAAUGUAAUGAUACAGUAUUGGAGUUUGACUAAAGUGUCUGAAUACUUCUUAGGGCCACUGUAAUCACUUACGAUUAAAAAUUUGAAACAGAUUACCCAAUUUACUGUGAAAGACUUUUCAUCGGAUUAUAUUUUAAGAGUUUGCACAUGUUUACAGUAAAUGAAUCUCUGUUUGCUUGAUGUACAUGGUCAGGAGAUGCGAGGUGUUUCAUACACGGUGCUAAAGGUGAUUCAUUGAAAAGCUUUGCGUCUUAUACGAUCAAGCCUUUACCACAUCCAGCUUCACCUUCUGACUCUACUUGUCGCAAAGUAACUCAUCCUCACUGCCACAGUUUUACAGGCUUUAACCUUCGAGUCUUUCCAAUCUACCUUUUUGUUGAUUCAGGAAACUGCUUCUUUUUAAUUCCUCAGCACUACAACGGUGCUAUGUAUUAACCUCCAAACUCUGUGACUCUGUGCCUGAUGCUUUGCUUGUCAACCAUGUUCAGUGUAAAACUACUCAACAGAAACAUUUAUAAGAAGUGCAGUAAAGGUUUCCAACUGCCUGAUGGUCCCUAACCUCAAACACAAAUAGUGAUUGUCCAUGGUACAUCAGAAAUCGUCUUUUCAUUUUCUUCAUGUUAUUGCAAACACAUCUCUCGGUGAGCGCAUUACAUUGAACUACUUUGAAAAUGUUUCUUUUCAGGUGGAACAUUUGUUGGUAGAUGUUUUAUAUUUUGUACAUUUGUAAGUAACAUAUCAUGUAAAUAGAAAGAGACCACAAUUUAAUUCAUCUGGGGGAUUUUGUAGUCUUUGUAAAGCCCUAAUAAAUGGUAUUUGGUGUCACCUGA